AUGGCGCCGCUUCGCCGCUAUCUGAGAAUCACAAAGUACUCGGUGCUCGAGUGCCGUAUUUAUCUCGACAACCCUGCCCUGGCACAGAGCUGGCUGUUGAAUCCACGGAAUCCCAUCCUGCCCAAGGUCAUCGAGAGUGUACGUCCGUUGGUAUUACCAAAACUUCGCGAAGAGAAGGAACGCGAAAAGACCAAGAAGAAGAGCUCCAAAAAGAAGAGCAUCAAGGAUGUCGUCGUCGAAGACGAGUUUGAGGUCUCCAUGUUCUUGACCGAAACUACCACGCGGCAUUCGUUGCUCACUAAGCACAAGCACUUCCGCGACAACGCACCGGGCAAACUGCAGUCCAACUCUAAUAAGCUCAUCAAAGAAACGAAUGACACACCAAUUGACCUGGAUAUGGAGGCCGAGGGAUCCAGUACGACGCUGCAAAUUCGCAAUGAGAGUGAGUCCGAAGAAGACGCCGCCGGCCUUUCCCGUAUCCCCGUCGUCGAUGAAACAACUCGGCCUCGGCGGUCGAAAAGACAGCGCGGGGCACCUCGUGACCACGACAGCGACUUCGAGCUUCCUUCAGACGACGACGCCGGCGGGGAGGCCUCGGCAAUUGAGAUCGACUCUGAUGAUGAUGCUCCUCCCCGUCCGUCCAAGCGUCUCAAGAAACAAACAACGGGGUCCGAUGUCGAUCAAGAAGAUGACAAGAAGAAAAUGGCCAUGGAUGUCUCGUAUGAGGGGUUUGCCAUUUACGGACGCGUCUUGUGUCUUGUCGUCAAGAAACGCCAAGGUCUGAGAAUGGCAUCGUCGAGCAGUUCUGUGAACGCCAAGCAGCCGGCCGGCCAAGCUAGCAUGGAGAAUUGGAUCACUUCUACUCAGAUGCCUAAUCCCGAGGCCGAAGAAGAAGCAUUAUGA